AUGAUUUCAUCCGUCGUUGCAGUAGCUGGAGGUACUGGCAAGCUUGGCCGUGCGAUUGUCGAAUCUAUCGUUAGUGCGGGCGGAUACACGGUGUUCGUACUUGCUCGAGAGACGACCGGAGAUGCGAAGCCCGUUGAGACAGGUGCAAAGAUACUCGCCAUCGACUACAACAACCCAGAUUUCAUCGUCAAAGUCUUGGAAGAGAAUCGUAUCGAUACAGUGAUUUCGACCCUUGGAUCUAUGUCAGGUACCGAUCCUGAGAUGGCUCUUAUUGAGGCUGCCGAAAAAGCUGCUGUCACGAAGCGCUACAUUCCGAGUACGUGGGGGAUCAAGUACACGCCCGAGGUUGCCAAAAUCUUCUCGAUGGCCGAGGGAAAGAUUGCCUAUCUCAACGCUUUAGAGAAGACGUCACUGGAGUAUACAGCUGUCAUCAACGGCUUCUUUCUGGACUACUAUGUGGAGCCACACGUCAAAUCAUAUCUUACGGGUUUGACGCUGGCUAUCGAUAUCGCCAACAAUACUGCUGCUAUCCCCGGCUCGGGUAAAGUCCCUAUCGUUUUCACCUACAGUUUCGACAUUGGCAAAUUCGUGGCUGCUCUUCUUGGCCAAUCAACCUGGGAAAAGGAGUCAUACGUCAUUGGCGACAAAGUCACGCUGAAUGAGUUCCUCGCCAUCGCUGAAGAGGCCAGAGGAUCGAAGUUCACGACCACAUACGAUUCACUGGAGAGAAUGAAGUCGUACCAAGUCACUGAACUGCCUGCUCAUCCUCCAAUGUACCCAUACUUCCCGAAGCAAAUGCUUCAAGGUAUGUGUGCAGUCUUUGGCAUCUUGUUUGACGAAGGUUUCUUUGAUCUCAAGUCGCAGAAAUCUUUGAAUGAUCAGUUUCCGGAGAUAAAGACUAGGAAGAUUCGAGAUCUAGUCAACGAGGCCUGGAAGGGUAAAUAG